GAGGAGGGGCAACCUACUUCCUGAGUCGCUUGCAAACCGGGGCUGGAGCUCGCCCUGCGCUGCGCCGCAAUGUCGGGGCCGUCAGCCAAAAGCAUGGCUAAGGGCAGCGAGCCCCCCGGGCCAGUUCCCGAGGGCCUGAUCCGUGUCUACAGCAUGAGGUUCUGCCCGUACGCCAAGAGGACGCUGCUGGUCCUGAAGGCCAAGGGAAUCGGGCAUGAAGUCAUCAACAUCAACCUGAAAAAUAAGCCCGAGUGGUUCUUUCAGAAGAAUCGCUUUGGUCUGGUGCCAGUUCUGGAAAACAGCCAGGGGCAACUGAUCUGUGAAUCUGCCAUCACUUGUGAGUACCUGGAUGAAACAUAUCCGGGGAAGAAGCUGUUUCCAGAGGACCCAUAUGAGAAAGCUUGCCAAAAGAUGACCUUUGAGUUAUUUUCUAAGGUACCAUCUUUGAUAACAAGCAUUCUUAGAAGUCAAAAUAAGGAAGACUGCACUGGCCUGAAGGAAGACUUGCGGAAAGAAUUCAGCAAGCUAGAGGAGGUUUUGACCAAUAAGAAGACAACAUAUUUUGGCGGCAGUUCCCUUUCUAUGAUUGAUUACCUCAUCUGGCCCUGGUUUGAACGGCUGGAAGCAGUGGAGUUAAAUGAGUGUGUAAACCACACUCCAAAACUUAAGCUCUGGAUGGCAGCUAUGAGGGAAGACCCUGCAGUAUCAGCCCUCUUCGUUGAUGCGAAGGCCCUUCGAGGUUUCUUUGAUCUGUACUUGAAGAACAGCCCCGAGGCCUGUGACUAUGGGCUCUGAUGGACACAAGAGUCAGCAGUGAUCAUGUCUGAUAAUUUCCUUCACUGGUGUGAAUAAUAAUAUGCUUGUAUUGUCAAGUGCACUCAUGUGUUACUGGAUCACUCUCUAAUUUGACAUCAUGGCCUAAUUGUGAGGUUUCCUUAUGGCUCUCCGGGAGGAAUGUAAACACCUUUCCUGUCUUAGGAUGCUCAGAUGACUCUGAGGGGUCUAUCCGAGCCUAUCCUGAAAACUUCUCAAUGAUCUCUAGUGAGAGUUAGGCUUCAAUGUAGAUUUCCAACACUUCAUGGGAAAUAUUUUUACUUGGGUCCCUUGUUUUCAUUUCAAAAGAUGCUUUUCAAGUUUGCAUUGAGCUGAGAAACUUUCAAUUCAUCAUUCUUUCCUCUCCAUCAUCAACUUAAUUUCACUAUUUUCUUAUUCCCAUUAUCACCACUGAAAACCAGACUCCCCAUCACCUCAAAGCCAGAUGACGAGGAGGCCUUCUGUUUGGUCUUCAAGUUUCCAGUCUCCACCCCUACAAAUCCUUCCUACCAAAUUCCUUCCUGGGCAUAUAGCAGGUGUCCCAUAUAUGUUAUGAAAUAAUGUGAAGACCACAUCUAUCAAUUCAGUAUAUAAGGCUGGAUGAGAUCAAGGCAAUAUCUCAUUCAGAAAUAUUAAUGCCGUUUUCAUACGCUUUGAGUCUGCGGGGCUUCUCAUUUGAUGACAUCAGCUCCAAGAGAAGGCAGGUCGGAGAGCUCCAUUUCAUUCUACACACUCCUUCUAAGGUCCCCAGGUUAAGUAAGGCCUUACAAUGCUGGCAGGAAGGCCCGAAGAAUACACCCAGCACACUGCUCUUCCUAUCAUAAUUAGGGAGCUGUCAACUCGCCCUAAUUCAGUCUGGUUUCCUGUCCUCAUUUGUAAGUUUACUACCGAAGAAAACCUCCGGAUGGUUAGUUCUUAAACAUCAGAGUGCAUGACAGUCACCUAAGGCUCAUCACUGGAUUUCUGACUCGGCAGAUCCAGGAUGAGCCAGUAAGUCCGCAUUAGGAGCGAGCCCCCCGCCGCAAGGGAAUGCAGGCAAUUUGGGGGCCGUCCCUAGAGAAUUGGUUGACUUCACAAACAGCAGGCCGCGGACAACGCCCCGUCUCCUGGAGAA